CCCGAAACAGCCGAAGGUAAUUUGUCAAUUUGUUUGCACGGCAGCGACAAGGAUACUUGGAAAAACUUUCUGCGCAUAAGCACCUUGUCUACCCAACAGAAGAAGACCUAAUCGGCUGCGAACAUUUUGCUCAGAAUGUUCUCAACUUUGAAGAGCAACGGUUGAUUUGUUGUUCCAGGGAACAUCCUCCAGAACAAUUGGUGUAGUGUUAAAAGGCGAUUAACUGCUCCUGUUAAUUCUACAGCAAUCAGAGUGGAAUGAACGUUGUGAAUGCGUCUGGUGGAUGUAGUAACAAUUUCGGGUGAAUAGCAACGGAGUGGAAAAAAGACGGUUGGCGGUUUUCCGUGUCUAGUAUUCAUAUUUUAAACCGUUUCAUCAACCGAAAUGCGGUCGUUCGACUGCCAAUGUGCCAAUGUCAGCUACGUAAAUAAGCGCAAUAAUUUGAUUAAUUCGGAUGAGCUGCUUCUCUGGAUCGAAGAGGCAGCUACGAGGCAGUAUCAUUUAAAAAAGUGUGUCAUCAAUACAAGGUUGUAAAAUAGAUAGCAACGGAAAAAAACAAACCUGCCUUUCAGAAGACGAUUAGGCGAUAAACAGCUACUAACAUUAAACACUGGGAUGUUGCAGUGAUUCACCUGAAGGCGGAAACUUUACAAUAUGGGAGACUUUGGUUCUGACAGUGAGGACAGCGAUGGAGAGGGUGGACUUGGAAAUGUGAGCCGUGUUAUCAUACGACCUCCAGGACACAGCGGUAAAGCGAAGCGCGGUCAUCUCUGCUUCGAUGCUGCCUUCGAAACCGGCAACCUGGGCCGCGUGGAUCUUGCCGGUGAAUUCGAGUAUGAUCUGUUCCUUCGGCCGGACACGUGCAAUCCCCGAUACAGAUUUUGGUUCAAUUUUACGGUGGAUAACGUCAAGCAGGACCAACGGGUAAUAUUCAACAUUGUGAACAUUAACAAGAGCCGCAAUCUAUUCAGGGAAGGCAUGACGCCACUAGUGAAGUCCAGCAGUCGUCCCAAAUGGCAGCGGAUACCCCGCUGCGAAGUAUUCUACUACAAGUCGGCCAUACACCAGAACCAUCAUGUGUUGAGUUUUGCGUUUGGAUUCGAUAAGGAGGACGAGGUGUACCAGUUCGCACUCACAUUUCCCUAUUCGUACUCGAAGUUGCAAGCUUACCUGAAUGCACUGGAAUCCAAAUUCCCGGAUUCUUUUGAGCGGACCACUUUGGGGAUGACAGUUCAAAAUCGCAAACUGGAACUGAUCACAUUUGAUGACGUGAAAAAGCCGGAAAAAGUUGACCAAAAGAAUGUCAUCCACAUGGUGGUAGUACUCGCGCGAAUACAUCCGGGUGAAUCCCCUGCAUCGUAUGUAGUGCAGGGGUUAAUUGAAUAUUUGGCGGCAGCGAAUCAACCAAUAUCGAAAGCUUUACGAGAAAAUGUUGUGUUCAAAAUUAUUCCUAUGUUAAAUCCAGAUGGUGUGUUCCUAGGCAAUAAUAGAUGCAACGUGAUUGGGCACGAUUUAAACCGAUGCUGGAACAAGAUGUCUCAGUAUACGCAUCCAACACUGGCUGCGGCAAUGAAGAUGCUGAAGGAGUAUGACAAUUCAAGUUGUUACCAAGUAGAUUUCGUGAUCGAUAUUCACGCUCAUUCUAGCUUAACGGGUACGUUCAUUUACGGUAGCACAUACGAUAACGUUUACCGAUACGAGCGACAUUUGGUGUUCCCAAAGUUAUUCGCUUCGAAAUGUGAAGAUUUCUGCCAGGAGCACAUGAUGUUCAAUGCGGAUGACCGAAAAUCAGGAACAGCCAGAAGAUACUUCGUAGACGCGCUCAGUGACAAUGUCAACACAUACACGCUUGAGGUUUCGAUGUCCGGCUACUACCUUAAUGAUACCAACAUUCUCACGCAAUACACUGAGGAUGGAUAUAUGCGAAUUGGACGGAAUCUUGCUCGAACCUUCCUCGAAUACUAUCGCUUCACCAACAUUCUGCCCAUUCCUGCCGUUGACGAGCUUCGACCUCGCAAGGGGAGACCCCGAACGCACCGUCCGAGAACACGUUCCAAAACCCGCAGUGAAGUUCGGGCCCGUCCGAGAACCGUUCGUACCUAUGCUCCCAUAAGUUACACGGAUCUCUCGAUCUGCUAUGACAGUUCAACCUCGAACGAAGGGUCACCAAUUCGUUAUAUGUACUCUACCUACGGUGGAUUUCGUUUGCGAACCAUCGGUCCACCCGAUCAGUAUUCGCUGGCUAACAUACAGGCGGCUCGUUUUAGCCAUCUUGAUUUUAGCAGCGACUUCCGGUUCAAAGUUACGCCAAAACCAAAAACAGCACCAGAGCACAAAAUGCCUCCGAUAGAGAUAUUGAAUGUGCCGCCACAACCCUGCCUUACCAUUAUAGACUUUAACCAGCUAACCCGAGGGGGUCUAGAAGAAGCCACAUCCGGACGAACAUUCGAGAAGGAGAAGGAAAAAGUUCGACGCCAUACCGUCAAAAGCAGUUCACGGAAAGCGUAAUGUAGCAAAAAUGUAUUCGUUUUUUUUUAUUGAAAUUUAUAAACACUACUUAUAGUUAGCUCUGUUAAUGUAGUUUCUACAAAACUAGAGAAGGACUCGUUCCCGCAGAUUAGGACCUGAUGCGAAUCCCGCGUAUACUUAAACAAUAAAUUUUCUAUAUCCAUCUUU